AUGGAAGUGGGGCAAACAUCAAACCAAAAAGAGAAGCCAAAUGUGUUCAACUCACAAAAUGUCGAAGCAACCUAUGACAUGGACCGCGGAGAAAUCCAAAGUAAUUAUUUGAAGCUUAUCAGUGGCACAAACUUGGAAGAGGAGCAGAAUAGUGAUUAUGUAUAUGAUUUAAAACAUGGACAACAAUCUGAUUCUUCUUCAGAAGAAGAGAGUAGCUCAAAAGACAUGGACUAUGCUGAUGAAGAGAGCUCAGAAGCAAGUGAGGAGUAUGCUAGUGUUGACAGUGAAGAGAUAUACAGUGAUGAUCAAGCUGAUACUUUGAUGGAUCCUCCUCGAGAUAAUAGUGAUGAUCAUGCAGACAUUCUAGUUGAUACAUUUUGUACUCAAUCAUUAGUGGAUAUUGCUGUGACAUCAGAAUUGGACACCAUCGACAACAAAGCUCAUCUUUCUACUAGGGGUAGAGGCAGGGGCAGAGGUAACACUAGAGGUGGCAGACAAACAACAAGAGGAAGGGGUGGUAGACACUCUACAUAUCAGCCUGAAUGCAGGGUUAUUGAAGAGAGUGAGCAACAAGUUACAUGUGAAAUCAAGUGGAAUGGAGAUACAAUUAUAAUAUCGGCUGUUUAUGCUAAGUGUGAUGCUGUACUUAGGGAAGAUUUGUGGGAUAGCUUGAGGGACAUUGCAGAUAGGUACAAACUACCUUGGCUCAUUGCAGGGGAUUUUAAUUGUAUUGUGGAUCCUGGUGAAAAGAAAGGAGGUAAGCCUCACGGAAUGUCCAAAAGCUUACCUUUUAUACAGUGUAUUAUGGAUUGUGAACUCAUUGAUCCAGGUUACUCUGGAUCUAUCUUCACAUGGUGCAAUGGAUGGUGUCCAGAGAAGAGGAUAUGGAAAAGAUUGGAUAGGGUCUUGAUCAAUCAAGAGUGGUUGAACCUAUUUGAUUCAACUAGUGUCAAUCACUUGAUCAGGACUGGGUCGGAUCAUUCUCCCCUAUUUGUCAUUGCCAAAACUACACACAGAGAACCUAUUAAGUACUUUCGGUUCUUGGAUUUCUGGACCAAAGAAGCAGAUUUUAGCAGGGUGGUAGAGCAAGCUUGGAAUAUGGAGGUGCAGGGAUCACCAAUGUGGAAGUUCCACAUGAAGCUGAAAAAUACUUGCAAGAAGUUGUCUGAAUGGUCCAGGAAUACUCUGGGCAAUAUUUUUGACAAGAUUGAAGAGCUAGAACACAAAGUAGAGGAGAUGGAGACCAACAUCAUUGCCGAUAAUUCUGAGGUGAAUAGAGCUGGCUUAAAUCAGGCUAAUGCUUUAUUGGUGAGAGCUUACAAGAAAGAAGAGUCCUUUUGGAAACAAAAAUCAGGGGUUAAAUGGUUUGUGGAAGGAGAAGUUAAUUCUAAAUUUUUUCACUCUGUUGUUAAAGGAAGAAAGAAGAGGUUAACUUUGAAAAAGAUGAGAAAGGAAGAUGGAACGUGGGUUGAGGGUGAUGAGGAAAUUGCUCAUGAAGCAAUCUCUUUCUUUCAGAAUCAGUUCACAAGGGAGAACUUUGACAAUGACUUCUCAGUUCUGGGGUGUAUUCCUACAAUCAUUGAUGAUGCAGAUAAUGAAAAACUUAUAGCAGUACCAACCAUGGAGGAAUUAAAAGAUGUGGUAUUUUCAAUGAGCUCUCAGAGUGCACCAGGCCCUGAUGGUGUCUCUGGGAAGUUCUAUCACUCAUGUUGGGAGAUAAUAAAAGAGGAUUUACUACUAAUGGUUCUUGAUUUUUUUGCAGAGCUAAGACCAAUCAGUCUUAGUAACUUCUCAUGCAAGAUCCUGUCCAAGUUGGUGAACCAAAGACUAAGUCCCUUGAUGCAGAAGUUGGUGUCUCCUAAUCAAACAGGGUUCAUCAAGGGGAGAUCAAUUACUGAAAAUAUCAUGUUGACUCAAGAUAUGGUCCACAAUAUUGUUAAACCAUCUGCAAGUGGGAAUGUGGUAUUGAAACUGGAUAUGGCUAAAGCAUAUGACAGAGUUUCUUGGGAAUAUCUUUGUCAAGUACUUAGACAGAUGGGUUUUUCAGAAAUCUGGAUUGAUAUUGUAUGGAGACUUAUGACUAAUGUUUGGUACUCUAUUAACAUAAAUGGAGUUAGACAUGGUUUUUUUAAGUCUAGCAGAGGAAUCAAGCAGGGAGAUCCUCUCUCUCCAUCCCUGUUUGUCAUUGGUGCAGAACUUUUAUCUAGGCUUAUGGACAACCUAAUUGACUCAGGGUUCAUUCCAUACUCAGUAGAUAAAAAGGGACCUAACAUAUCUCAUUUGUGUUAUGCGGAUGAUACUAUCCUCUUUUCUUCUGCUGAUCCUACCUCAUUAAUAUUAAUGAUGUCUAAAUUGGAAGUCUAUGAGAAGGUUUCAGGUCAGAUGGUAAACAAAGGAAAAUCUGGGUUCUAUACUUCAUUGAAAGAGGGUGAUACUAGAAUUACAGACAUUUCGAGGAUAACUGGUUUUUCUUAUUGCCAAUUUCCGAUGAUAUAUCUGGGGUGUCCUAUCUAUGUAGGUAGGAAAAAGGUGGUUUACUUCAACAACAUGGUGGCCAAAGUUGCUAAUCGGAUGCAAGGGUGGCAAGGAAGAUUAUUAUCCUAUGGUGGGAAGGCAGUCCUAAUUAAAUCUGUGUUGCAUGCACUUCCUUUGCAUCUACUAGCUGUGGUUCACCCUCCUAAAACAGUUUUGAACCAGAUUGAUAAAAUUAUUGCUAACUUCUACUGGGGAAAGGAGGAUAGUAGAAACAAAAGGCACUGGAUAGCUUGGAGCUAUUUAUGCUUUCCAGUGCAAGAAGGGGGAGUUGGUUUCAGGUCUUUACAAGACACUUGCAAUGCAUUCUCUGCCAAACUCUGGUGGAAUUUUAGGACUCAAAAUACCUUGUUGAAGAAAUUCUUGGAGGCUAAAUAUUGUAAAAGAUCUCACUCUGUUGCAAAGAAAUGGGUCUAUGGGCAAUCUCAUACUUGGAAAAGACUAAUGGACAUAAAAAAAGAUGUUGAACCUGCUAUUUUUUGGAAGAUAGGAAGAGGUCAAAUUUCUUUUUGGUGGGACAAUUGGACUGGUCUAGGAGCUUUAGCUAAUCUAGUUCAUGCUAUUAGAACACCCAAGAAUACUUUGGUGAAGGAUUUUAUUCAGGCAGGUUCUUGGAGACGAGAGAAAUUACUGGAGGUAUUGCCUCUCAAUGUGGUUAACGUAGUUCAGGAAGUGGAUAUCAAUGAACUGAGGAAUGAUUGCCCUUACUGGAUGCCGGAAAAUUCUGGAGUCUUUACUUGUAAGUCAGCGUGGGAUAUUAUUAGGAAGAAAAAGGGGGAGUCUCUGACAUGUAAGAAGAUCUGGCAUAAAAAAAUGCCAUUCAAGAUCUCAUUCUUUAUGAUGAGACUUCUACAAGCUAGGAUCCCUACUGAUGAUGUUGUUAAGAAAUUUGGUAUUAUGAUUCCCUCAAAAUGUUGUUGUUGUAAUAAUCAUGAUGAGGAAACCAUUUCACACCUUUUCAGUAGUAGUCAAAUAGCAACACAGAUAUGGUCCUAUUUUUGCAAUGCUUAUGGCAUUAGGUUUAUCAAGGAUCAGAUAAGGCAAACUCUUAUGAAUUGGUGGCUAGCUAAGGAAAGAAGCUUAGUUCACUCUAUGGUUCUGCAGUGUUUACCUUCACUUAUCUGUUGGGAGAUUUGGAAGAAUAGAUGCUCAGCAAGAUUUGAAGAUAUUCACAUGUCAAGAUGGCAUAUUAUUCAACAAGUCUCUAAUUGCUUAUCUUUGAUGCUUAACUGUCAAUUCCCCAGUCUUACUCUUCCACAUGUAUGGCUAGAAAAGUGUAGGACUAUAGAGAAGAUUCAACACAGUAUCCAUUCUCAAGCAGUUUGGUGGAAGAAACCAGAUAGAGGUUGGGUUAAACUCAAUGUAGAUGGGUGCAGUAAAGGUAAUCCUGGAUCAGCUGGAGGUGGAGGUAUUAUUAGAGACCAGUUGGGGGAUAUGGUGAAAGCCUUUGCUGAAUUUUAUGGACAUUGUAGCAAUAACAUGGCUGAAGCUAAGGCAGUUUUACAUGGUAUCAAAUUGUGCAAUAGCUUAGGACUUCAAAAUGUUAUUGUGGAGACAGAUUCCCUGUUAAUUGUUUCUAUUAUCAACAGAAGGAUGAAGCCACCAUGGCGGAUCAAACAUAUUAUAGAGCAGAUUUGGGAGAUAACCAGUCUAGGUAAUUUUAAUUUUGUGCAUACUUUUAGAGAAGGCAACUAUGUAGCUGAUCAACUUGCUAACCUGGGUGAAAAUACAAAGGAACACAUUAUCUUCAAUGAAGUUGUUUCUCUUCCAAGACAAGUUAGAGCUUCUUUGCAGUUAGAACAAGAUGGCCUUCCGAAUUUCAGAUUCACAACAAGAAGGAACCAAUUUACAAUUAAUGAUGUUAUUACUUGA